AUGUCUCUUCUUAUACGAGGCAUUUCAUGUAUAACAAUUCGACGUUUUACAAGUACCAUUGGUUCGAAUCCACAAGGUCUGCAAGGUGAUUUAUCAAAGGGAAAUGCUAAUGAUGCCAUUUGUAAUUUAUGGUUACAAAAAUGCAAACUUUAUGGUUAUGAUAAUUGUGAAGAACGUUUACAGAAAUUAUUGGAUACAAAUUUAAUUGAAAAAACAUAA